AUGCCUCCAUUUCUCAAAUCUGCAUCUCUCAUUACGCCAAAAUCCUGCUGCUCGCGAUGCCAUGACGUCGCGCUAAAAAGUGCAUCAUCCCGCCGCGCGUUCUCCGUUCUCAGUCGGCCGCCUCCAAAUUAUCCAGGCCAUGUUCCUCUCACGAGAGUUGAGCGUGGGGUGCUUACGCUAGGUUCAGCUUUUGGGUCCUUACUCAACCCUAGGAGAGGCGAUCUAAUCGCAGCACUCGGUGAAGCCACCGCAACACCCUACUUCAUUUACCGCCUCCGUGACGCUAUGCUAGCCAAUCCCACUGGCCGUCGUAUCCUCCGAGACCGUCCUCGACUUACCUCCGAAUCCCUCAAGCUCCCUUACCUUCGCACUUUACCGGAGAAUUCUGUUGGUCGGACGUACGCGACAUGGCUUGAUCGGGAGGGCGUUUCCCCCGACACGCGGGACAGCGUGCAGUAUAUUGAUGAUGAAGAAUGUGCAUAUGUCAUGCAACGAUAUCGCGAGUGUCACGAUUUCUACCAUGCUGUGACGGGCUUGCCAACAAUGGUGGAAGGCGAAUUGGCGCUGAAAGCAUUUGAGUUUCUGAAUACAGUACUCCCCAUGACAGCCCUGAGUCUUGCUGCCGUCGUUCGAUUGAAACCUGCUGAGCGGGAGAGGUUUUUUAAGCUUCAUCUUCCAUGGGCGGUUCGCAGUGGCUUGUCGAGUGAAGAAUUGAUUAACGUGUAUUGGGAAGAGCAGCUGGAACGGAAUGUUGAUGAUCUGCGCGCUGAGUUAAACAUCGAGGCUCCGCCGGAUCUGAGGCAGAUCCGUCGUAUGAUACGACAGCAGGAAAAGAGGGCAAAGGAGCAGCGCUCCGAGCCAAAGCAGAUAUAG